AAAUUUCAAAUUCCAGUGGUUUUCAACGAAAUAGUGACUGAUAUCAACCAAUGGUGAUACGAUAAAAAUCUGGCUUUCCUCGCUGUUCAUCGUUUCUCUCGCUGGAUCCUGAAAUCUAGUCCCUAGGGUUUCUCUCUCCGACAGGAAUCCACUGCAAAUUUGAGGAUGGAAGGGAUGCACAGCUUAUGGGAAUUGGGGAAUGAGCAUCGUAGUCAAGUAAAAGCCUCGGAAGAUCACAAAUGGUUAAUGGCUGCUUCCAGUCUUGCAGAGCAGACAAGGUCAAAGUGUGAGAGAAUGAAUAACCUGGAUUUAUCAAAGGGUCUAGCUGAAAUAAGGUCAAAUAAAAUUGGAUAUCAGGAUAAUGAGAAUAUCAAAAACAUGUAUUUCAACAUGCUUAAUCUGGAGGCUAAGGCAAUGGAAAGUAUUAACAAGAGUUCCUUCCAAAAUGGUUCGUUUAACUUGAAUGCAUCUAUUUAUCAGAAGAGCAAUGCAAACAUAUCUGCAGGCAAGUACUCAGUUAACAACCUCAGUAAGGAGCUUAACAACAAUACCAGUGACUUUACCAGUGGGAACAACACACUUGACAAAAGGUUCAAGACCCUGCCUACUGCCGAAACACUUCCAAGAAAUGAAGUUCUCGGAGGUUACAUAUUUGUUUGCAAUAAUGAUACCAUGCAAGAAGAUCUGAAGCAUCAACUAUUCGGUCUUCCACCUAGAUAUAGAGACUCUGUGCGAGCAAUUACGCCAGGGUUGCCCUUGUUUCUGUAUAAUUAUACUGCUCAUCAGCUGCAUGGUAUCUUUGAGGCGACUAGUUUUGGAGGUUCCAACAUAGACCCAACUGCUUGGGAAGACAAAAAGUUUAAAGGAGAAUCAAGGUUCCCUGCACAGGUGAAAAUUCGUAUUAGGAAGAUAUGCAAACCGUUGGAGGAAGAUGCUUUUAGGCCAGUUCUACAUCAUUAUGAUGGACCAAAGUUCCGUCUUGAGCUCUCAGUGCCCGAGACAUUGGACCUGCUAGAUUUGUGCGAACAAGCUGGGGUGUAACAACCAUGAUUUUUGAAUUCCCUCGAGGAUUUGAUUGAAUGAAUAAAUGAUUUGUGAUAUUAGUUAUUUGUCCAACAGAUUUUCCAUGGAACACAAGCUUGUGAGGUUAAGUCUGGUUCCAGAGAGACUUACUUGUAGAAGCUGUUUGCCAAUGUGUUUGUUUUUGUUUGGAUGUUUGUUUGAAUGACCCCAGAAUGGGUUCUAUGAUGAAUAUAUAUUAUUGUCUUUUGUAUUACUUUUAUUUUCUCCAUC